AUGACUCUCCUUUCAGCGAGGCGAGUAACAGGCCGGGUCUGGACCUCGGCCGACUGUUACAGCUUCGCUCUCCUUCGUCGAGCGCGAUGCUACAGUACAGAGUCUGUGCCGCCCAGUCAGUCGGCGUUUAGGAAACAACCACAGUUCCGCGAUUACUUUGUCACCCAUCUGCCGUCGUCUUCGCUUCAUCCGGACCCCCGUGGUCCGUCCUCGCCAUUCCAUAAGCUCCCUCGCUCCGCCUCUAUACCUCACACCGGAGAUACUCCACAAUCACCAGCUGCCUUCCAAGCUUUAAUAGACCGCGAGACAACAGUCGUCCGGAUUCCACUCCGCAAUGCGAAGCACCAUUUCGGCGCCGUCACCUCCCGUGGAACCCGUCCCUCCAACGAAGACACGUACCAAGCUGGCGUCAUUGACAUCCCCGCCUUUGCGAAACGAGCUCCAACUUCACUGACGAUUCGGCGAUCUAAUAAGCAUGAUCCUUUGGCCCACCCCCGGGAGUCGCGCGGUGCGGAAACAGCCAGUGGAGACCCACAGGUUUUCUAUUUCGGUGUCUUUGAUGGCCAUGGCGGAUCCGAGUGUAGUUCGUUCUUGAGGGACUAUCUGCACGAGUAUAUCCAGAACGCGGCAUUUGAUAUCGAACUUCGAUCCAGCCUACGACCUGGUGCCGAGGUGCCACCCACUACGAGCGAACUACCUGUGUUGCAAGAGGGUGACCGACGCAGAAUCGGAGACUUAGAGAAAUACCUUGUGCAGACCUGGAGACGGGUAGUUGGUGGCUACUUCAAGAGAUUCAAACCGCCGCAUUUCGCCUACACUGGCACCGAGUCCACCGACCCGGGUGUUGAGAACCACAUCUCCAUCGAGGAAGUUGUGGAGUACGCCUUCCUGCGUGCGGAUCUAGAUUUUGUCAAUGCUCAAGCAGCUAAGCGAGAUGACGAUCCAGUCCGAGCUGAGAGACCUCUGAACGACGACGAAAUCUUUCACAGGCCCAGCAUGACCCGAUCUCCCCAGAUCGGCGGAAGCGCCCGGUUCAAGGGUGGCAGCACCGGAAGUGUCGCGAUGAUCUCGACCCCGACGCCAACCCCGUUCUGGCAUCCCGUCGCCCCAUCAAGUCUCCUAGUUGCCCAUGUCGGCGACACGCGCAUGCUCCUCUGUUCAACAGAAACUGGCGACGCCAUCCCCAUCACAUCAAACCACCACCCCUCCUCCCCAUCGAGGCAUCCCGACUCCGACGCCAACACACGCGCUUUCGGCGAUGUGCAGUCCAAGCGCAUCGGAGUCUCUGCGGAGCCUGAACUCAAGCGCAUAGAGCUUGGCCCGGCCGAGUUCUCGUUUUUGGUUUUGGUAUCUGAUGGCAUCAGCGGGACACUGCUUGACCAGGAGAUCGUUGAUAUCGUCAAGGAAUCCAAGACGCCGGAGGAGGGGGCGCGUGAUGUGGUCAAUUUUUCGACCGAGGUCACCAGGGAAGGUGAUAAUGCUACCUGUCUUGUUGUUCGGCUCGGUGGUUGGGAGCGUCGUCUCGAGGGCGGCGUUGGUAGUAUGGGUACCAAGGAGUCUCGCGAAUGGCGUCGACAGGAUGCCACUGAUCCGCGCAGGUCACGGACGUGA